AUGGUGCCGGACCAUGUGGUGAGAGCAGCGGCCAAUGCUCUGAAGAAGGUGGCCUUGGAGCCCAAGGACCAUCCGGUGCAUGCUUACGUGGACAAAGAGCUUCGUUUGCAAGACACGUUAUUCCAGAGGCUUUGCAAGCUCACGGCGCCCGAGUUCGAGAACUUGUUGCAUCCGGUCUUUCAAGAGGAUGAGCUCACUCUGAUCGUGGCCGGCGGCGUCUUGGGCGCCUUCGCCGGCUUUCUGCAGAUGAGCCUCGGGUGGGGCGGCCCUUCGGCGGAGGGCGCCGUCGCCAAGGCAUUACGCCUGUCGGCGGGCGCAGGCGCCGGGGCGGCGGCCACAAAGAUGGCCCUGCUGCCCCCGCAGCUGCUCGCACGCCUGGCGAGGUCUCUCCGGAGCGGAUGGCAGAGAGUCCGUCGACGAGGUGCAGGUCAACGUCUGAGCGUCGCGACCGGCUGA